GUGAUGUGAUGUGAUUAGUUGACGAGACGGGGAGGGGCGUCCAGCCAAAGAGGAUCGAAUCGCCAUCAGCCACCGCCGCCGCCGCCGGAGACCUCCGAUCCGCCGCCUCCAAUCGCCGACGAUGGAACCGCUCAAUCAUCCAAGGUGACGCAUCGGCAUCGCCUCUUCCAAUCCCCCUAUUCAUCCAUCCACUAAAUUCGUCAUCAUCGCCAUGGCCACCACCAAAUCCUUUCUCCCUCCCCCAUUCAUCGCCCUCUCUUCGAACCCUCGUCCCACCACCCUCGCUCCCACUCCCAAUCCCAGGCCCCGCCGCCGCAAUUCCCUCGCUAUCUGCUCCGCCUCCGCCUCGGGCGACCCUUCUCCCACACCCGAGGCCGAGGGCGGCGGCAACCCGCUCCUCGCGCUAUGGCGCCGCACGCUCCACCCCCUGGGUGACUACGGCUUCGGCAAGCGCAGCGUCUGGGAGGGCGGCGUCGGCCUCUUCAUGGUCUCCGGGGCCGCGCUGCUCGCCCUCGCCCUCGCCUGGCUCCGGGGAUUCCAGCUCCGCGCCCGCUUCCGCAAGUACCAAGCCGUCUUCGAGUUCACCCAGGCCUGCGGGAUUUGCGUCGGCACCCCCGUCCGCAUCCGCGGUGUCACCGUCGGCAACGUCGUCCGCGUCGACUCUUCCCUCAAGAGCAUCGAUGCUUAUGUUGAGGUUGAAGAUGAUAAAAUUAUUGUGCCCCGCAAUUCAGUGGUUGAGGUGAAUCAGUCUGGUCUUCUAAUGGAGACACUGAUUGAUAUAACACCAAAAGAUCCACUCCCUACACCUUCAGUUGGUCCUCUUGACCCAGACUGUUCCAAAGAAGGUUUAAUUCUCUGUGACAAAGAGAGGAUGAAAGGACAACAAGGAGUAAGCUUAGACGCACUGGUUGGAAUAUUUACUCGUCUAGGAAGAGAUAUGGAGGAAAUUGGUGUUCACAAAAGCUACAAGUUGGCUGAAAAAGUAGCAUCAAUAAUGGAAGAAGCGCAGCCUCUUCUUUCACGGAUUGAAGCAUUAGCUGAAGAAAUUCAACCUCUGCUUUCUGAGGUUCGUGAUAGUGAUCUGGUGAAGGAUGUCGAGAUUAUAGCUAAAGGUCUGGCUGAUGCAUCCGGUGAUUUAAGAAGGCUGAAGUCUUCCAUGCUUACCCCUGAGAACACCGAUCUUAUUAAGCAGUCUAUUUUCACCCUUAUCUUUACUCUGAAGAAUAUUGAGAGUAUCAGCUCAGACAUCUCUGGUUUCACCGGUGACGACGCGACAAGGCGGAACAUCAAGCUGCUUAUCAAGUCACUUAGCAGACUGUUGUGAUUGCUCAGGAAUAACACGGGGGAGCUUUCUCCAUUGGGAAGCGCUGAUACAGGAAUUUGCUAUUAGUGUAGCAUUUCUUGAAAAAAGGAAGAAAAUGAGAGGAAAGCGCAGGUUGAGAAUGAGAUUAGAAAGAGGUCAUUUGGAGAGAGGGGAACCAAGUUUUUGAAUAGUGGAAUUAUAGUCUCUGGUUUUGUUUUCCAAGUUUCCUGCAUUCCCGGAUAUUAUUAAAACAAGAAAAGCACGGGGAAAUGUGUAAAUCUCCGUUAGUUGUGUAGGGCAUCUUCUUAAUUUGUUUUUGUUUUUUUUUUUUGGGAGGCAGUGUAGGCCGGUUUUUGUUUGAUAUUGUGAUGUUUCAUUCUUGUGCCCUUGCGCAAAGGUAACCAGCAAGGAAUGCAUAAAUACAUGAAAACUUUGUUGUCUGAGUGAACCA